ACUAAACCUCGUUCGGUUCAAAUUUGUCCCCGAGCACUCUCUUCUUAGCUCUUCCAUGACCAGAGGACAGAAAAGCGAAUCGAAGGAGCAGAUCUGCAGAGACAGAGAGAGAAAGAGAGACAGGGAGAGAGAGGGGGGAGGGGGGAGGCAAGAACUUUUGUAAGAUUCUUCUUUCGGAACCGUACUCUGACCGUACUUAGAAAACAAACAGCAUCGUCAGCCACAGAAGAGAGAGAGAGAGAGAGGGGGUGGGGGGUGGGACUUGGGAGUGGGGGAAGGGGAGGAGAUUAUUCAGGGUGUCUCCGUGCAUGCGUUAUUGGGAGAUGCUGUUCACAUUGGAGAACGGCCGAUGCUUUCCACCGGUCCUGGUAGUCGUUAAUGUGGUGCUUGCUUGUGUCGAUGGUUCUAUCGCUGCCAUUGCAUUUUCGCAGUUGAUAAGGAUACACUUGCGGACUCAACAACUUGGCUGGACACGGGAAAAGGUAUUCCAUCUCAUGAUUGGCUCAGCCAACCUAGGUUACUUUGUUUACUUUAUAUCGACCCUUGUUGCUACUUGCAAGGGAUGGUUGUGCUGGUCACAUGCUUGUGGGUUUAUACUUAUGGCCUUUCCUAGCAUUCUUUUUCUAGCAGCAUUUCUUCUAUUAUUAUCUUUCUGGGUUGACCUUUGCCAUCAGGCAAAUGAUGAAGAUGAAGAAGAUGAAGACAAUAGUUGUCGAGAUGCUUUGUUGGAAAGGUCAAAGAAUGAACCAGGUCCAUCUAACAUGGAUGGCCAUAGAAAAUGUUGCCCUUUUCCAUCUAUUCAUAUUGGCAGUAGACAAAAGUUUGUGAUUGUGGUGAUUGUGCUAGUCUUUGUCUUAAUGAUAACAUUUGCUGUGUUAAUCUGGAUUGGCAUGGGAAAGAAUCCCAUUGAUUCUUCAACACUGGCCCGGGUCUAUAUAGAUAUUUUUUCCAUUGCAAUCCUUUUGCUUGGUGGAGCUUUAGCUUGCUAUGGACUUCUACUCUUCUUGAAAAUGAGCAGAGUACGAUCAGAAAAAGCUUCAUCUGAAAUGUGGAAGGUUGCAGGUCUGGCAGUUGUCUCUGUUGUAUGCUUCACGUCAAGUGCCUUAGUGUCUCUUGUUACUGAUAUUCCUGUGCUUUAUCAUUGGUGUCAGAAAUACAUUGAUGGUGUAAAUACAUCUCUUUUAGUAGUAUUAUAUUACUUCAUAGGUUCAUCAGUACCUUCAGCCUUUGUGCUAUGGGUCAUGAGAGAAAUGCCCCCUCCACUUGCGGUUGAUAGACAAACACAAUCAAGAGUAGUGACAUUCAUCAGUAAUAGAUCAACUGCAACACAUCAUCCUCAGCACUGGACCACUGCCACAAGCUCACAAAACCAGGUCACGGGAGUAAGUCCAAUAUAAAUUUGCAAUAUGUGGAUGCCAUGUGAGAAUAUCUUGCUUGUGCCAAUUCAUGGAUAAAAAGGAAGCAUAUGCAGAAAAGCAUACAAGAGAAAGGGUUGGACUUCAACCAUGAGACUGCAAGGUCAACUGGGGCUGGUGAUACUCUUGAGAGGCACUUGGGAUACAGCCAUUAAGGUUGUGGUUGUUGCCAUGUUUUGGCACCCUACACGUGUAAAUAGCCACAAAUUUGUCACAGACUUCUAAUCACCAAAUACGUGUCUCACAUCUCUCUUACUUUCAUAUUUGUGUAAAAUCACUAUGGAAUGUCAACUUUAUGCUCCCAUGCAUCAUGGACAUCUUCUAUCCCAAUCAAGCUGGGUUUGUUCAAGCAAGUGAUUAUUUUUGAGCCA